AUGAAAGCCAUUUUGCAGAGAGUCCUUUCAGCCUCGGUCACGGUAGACCAGCAGGUGGUCUCGUCCAUUGGUAAAGGCGUUCUGGUCUUCGCAGCAGUUGCGCCAGGUGACACGGAGAAAGACGCUGAGUCUCUGGCUGCUAAGGUGCUCAAGCUCAAGCUUUGGGAUGACGAGUCAGGGAAACGAUGGAGGAAGAAUGUCCAGGAGAUUAAUGGCGAGGUACUCUGCGUGUCUCAGUUUACCUUGCUUGCUUCGACAAAAAAGGGAAAUAAGCCAGACUUCCAUGGCGCACUGGCCCCUGACGAGGCCAGAAAGUUGUACGAGCACUUCUACAAAAAAGUGCAAGAAGGCUAUGUGGCGGACAGGGUCAAAAAUGGCGUUUUUCAAGCCAUGAUGCAAGUGGCCCUGGUUACAAUCGAAGUAUCGGUGCAGCCAAAGGAGAAGGAGGACAAGAAAGCCAAGUCAGAGCCUGUCACGCCUAAGGAGGCCGCAGCAUGA